AAAAGAAAUAUCAAAAAUGUCAACAAGUGGAAGGUUGGGAUUUGGAGAUAUUGUGCCAAAAAGUGCUCUAGUUCAGGAGUGGGAUGUUGCGCGUAAUGAGUAUUUGGAUGAAGGCUAUUAUUGUGAAAUUCGGAAAAAUUGGGAAGGAAAGAAAUUUAAUGAUGAGCAUGGACCUAUAAAAAUUUCAAUGAAAUGGCAUUUUGAGAGAAUGAUGGGAAAGCCUCACAAACGUGUAAUUCGAGUAAAAAUCGUUGCGCCCUUUAUUGAUGAUCCAGAGCCGCCUAGUGAAAUGGCUGGAAUUUGUCCUGAUCUUUGGAAUUAUGAAUGUGUGGAAUUGUUUUUUGCUAAUAACAAGGGACAUUACACGGAGGUUGAAGUUGGCCCCCAUGGUCAUUGGCUUGUUUUACUACACAAAGGAUAUAGAGAAUGUAUAAAUAAUGGGCAGGAUUUACAAUUAGAAAUUGAAAAUGAAUGGAAAGGUUCUGAAUGGCAUUGUAUGGUGGAAAUACCUUUAGCUUAUUUGCCUGGAAAUAUAACCAAAUUUAAUGCUUAUGCAAUACACGGUUCUGGAGAUUCAAAACAUUAUGAAUCAUUGUAUGCUGUCAGUGACGGGACUUUUAAAGAACCAGACUUUCACAGACUUGAGUUCUUUGGAAAUAUAGAUACAAGAAGAAUAAUUCCUUCAGAUUAUAAUAGACAACCUUUUGAUGAUAUGAAAUAUGGAAAUUUGUGGGCAGAAGGAUUGAAGGAGGAAUAA